UGUCAAAACUAUUUCGGCAUAAAUGAUUUCGACAAUUCUGUCUAUACACUUUUUGGCAUUUCUCGCGCUCGAAAAAUUCACUCAAACAUUCAAUUCAACAAACUAUUCUCCUGAGUAGCAGACAAUCUAACAUAAUGCCCACUCCAAAGCGCGAAUCUUCGACCAGCGGGGACAGUCCUGAAUGUAAAAAAGAAAAAAUAGACGGUUUGGAAUCACUCGGCCCAUACAUUAGCUCUAAGGACAACGCGAAGAAUUUUGUUUAUAUCUCUGACAUUCCUCAGAUUUGUAAGGAUGAACCGUGCGUGCUAGGAGUUGAUGAGGCUGGAAGAGGUCCUGUGUUAGGACCAAUGGUUUACGGAAUAGCGUUCAACCCGAAAAGUCAAAAUGAUGUGUUAAAGAAACUGGGAUGUGCCGACUCCAAACAACUGACUGAGGAAAAGCGCGAUCAAAUAUUCAACGAUAUCAACCAAAAGGAUUAUGCCGUCGCAAGUGUUGGCUGGGCGGUGGAGGUCAUUUCACCAAACGAGAUUUCAAUGAGCAUGUUGCGACGUACAAAGCGGUCCCUGAAUGAAGUAUCGAUGGAUUCGGCUAUUGGAUUGAUCAACCGCGCAAUCGAGGCCGAAGUUAAUAUCGCAGAAGUUUACGUCGACACGGUGGGACCACCGGAGAAAUAUCAAGCCAAACUGCAGGAGCUUUUUCCUCGCUUUAAAAUUACGGUGGCGAAAAAAGCUGAUAGCACUUAUCCGAUCGUUUCUGCAGCUAGUAUUUGUGCCAAGGUAAGCCGAGAUCACGCGCUUAAGGUAUGGAAAUUUCGAGAGGGAAUCGAUCCGGACAUCAGCUAUGGCAGUGGAUAUCCGGGUGAUCCGGUGACGAAAAAAUUCCUCAGCGAUUUCGAACUAGUAUUUGGUUUUCCUCGAUUUGUUCGGUUUAGCUGGUCUACAGCGGAGAAAGCUUUGGAGAAGAAAGCCUUUGAUGUGGAAUUUGACGAGGAAGACGAAGAUCAAGCAAAAUCUAAGGCAAGCUACGGAAGUGAAAAACUGUCCAAGUAUUUUGCUGCCGAUAGAAACGAACAGCGAAAGCGCCACGAGUAUUUUAGAGAAAGGAAUUUAGAUCAUGUCAGUGAGAUUUAGAAAAAAAUAGUUGUGAAUUGUAAAGUUAUACUUCUAUGGUCUAGUUUAUCUCAAUUAUUUGCUAUUGUGAACUUUAUCAAAUGGAUUAUAUGUAACAUUUCAUUCUCUAAUCGUGAUUACCUAUAUUUCUAAAAUUCUAUAUAGAAAAAAGUUUUUCGAGCUGCUCAAAUCUAAUGCUUGGAAUAUUAUUAAACACAAGUUCUACCAUCCUAAAUAGAAAGAGGUGCAUUACGGUAAAA